UUUUGGUUCAAGCUGGCGUGGGGCGCGAUUCACGGCCGAUCGCCAGCAGAAAGUUAAGGUUUACAAGGUACCGUCUUGUUUGAAGAUCGGUGUUUCGAACGCCUCCAUGUUCCGAGACGCGUCCUCCAUGACGGAGGUCAGCGCAAUGAACGAAGGGCCCGCACGUGGCGGUUACCUCCUCACGUCGAGCCCUCUCUCUGCCGCAUCGGUCAAGAAGGAUGUGCCGCGCGGCGGGGAUGCCGAGACCGCUGCAAAUCCGUUGCUCCCGAUGUGGGUCCACAGCCAGUUGGAGAUCGACUCUGCUGCUUUCACCUCAACCAUCUCAGACGAUUCUUUCUCCACUGUGGACGACUGUCAGCAGGCUCCUUCCAGCAGGGCGAUGAGCCCCAUGCAAGUGCGAAUCGUGAAGCUGGGAACCGAGCUCUCUUCUCGCAAGCCGGGCACCCUGUGCACGCCCUUGAACGUGAAGGCGGCGGCGUUUGUCCCGAAAGGCGGCGACCAGCGGACCACCGUGAUGAUGCGCAAUCUACCCACCGCGCUUUCACGGGCCAAGUUGAUCGACUUGCUCGAGGAAAAGGGCUUCGAAGGGCAGUUCGAUCUUCUCUAUCUCCCUAUGGACUUCAAAACUAAGUGCAACUUCGGCUUUGCGUUUGUGAACUUGACGACUCAUGAAAACGCAUUGCGAUUUGCGAAUGUCUUUCACAAUUUCGCAUCGUGGUCAUCAUCUAGAUGCCGCAAAGUGUGUGCCGUAUGUUGGGGAGGAGUGCAAGGACUGCACGCGAAUGUUGUGAGCUAUCAGAACAGCGCCGUCAUGCGCAAGCAAGACGUACCGGAUGAUUACAAGCCCGCAAUGUUCCAAAACGGUCUGCAGAUCCCGUUCCCGCGCACGACGUCAGAGUCCAAACCUAAGCGUUCUCGGACCCGUACCAGUACCGAGAAGUCCGAGUUUGGCAGUUUUGAGUAGUGCAGGUUGCGUGCAGAGCGCAUGCUCCUGCAUUCCGCACCGAUGUGAACGCGCUGUGCAGGCCUUUCCCCGAGUCUCGCUGCGAUUAGCGUUUCGCUGUGGUGUCUCUAUUGAAUACGCCGAGCGCAAAAAUACAUAGCGGCUCCGCAGCGGUGGGCUGAGUCUGGCGACCCUGCGCUCUGUUUGCAGUCACGGAGGUCCUGAGGUCUGGGCGAGGCCAUGUAGCUACGUCCCAUACGAAGGCCCGAUCACGGGGGGGGCUCGAACCAGCAUCCUGGGGCGCAAAUUAUUCUUUGUCGCUUACUUCGCGUUCUAUGCUUCACCUUUCUCGCAGAUUCCUGCAGUUGGUGCAGGGCAGUGCUGUUUGAGCACCUCUGUGUCACAUGUUGGAAUGUCGGCGUGCCCGAACAUGCGGCAAGCAAUCUCAGCUGAUAUUUCUGUUGGCUUUGACAGUCUCAGCCAUCGGCGUUGUGCCUUAAUUACAGAACGUCCAUGUACAUGCCACGUAUAUGGUCUACCAGUGACCUAGGGAUGGGUCUGCAUCGUCGCAGUACUCGGCCCUCGUGAUGCCACGAAUGCGUCACGUGAUGCCUCCACACCCAGAAUUCAAGUCGCCCAUUCGCCUUCAAAUAACAAUUCAGCUGGAAGGGCGGGCUUCCCUUGCACCCAUCCAGCUAUUGAUGUAUCCUGUUUUUCUUCUUCUUUUUUAAUGAAAAGAGAUUUCGCGUUGAACAAAGGGCGCCCAUGCCAUCCCCCCG